AUGGGGCGGAAUCAGCACAAGCCCAUCCCUCCUGCAGAGGACCUUCAACCAUUCAUUGCUAAGUACUGGAAGCAAAAUAAGUCCGAUGUUGCUAUCCUUGCUCUCCUCAAGAAACAUCAUAUUGAUCUCUCCAAGUAUGGACUGGAAAUCGCAUCGUUCCGUAAAAUUCGUGAAAAGUUGGGGUAUAUUCGAGCUCGAGCACAAGGUCACACGGUUGAAUCUAUUGUGACUCCGAUUUCCAAACUUCGCAUCACUUAUCCAAAGGCUGGAGGUCGAGAGAUGGUCAGCCUCCUCUUUCAUGAGGAGAACAUCCGGGUUGCACGUGAGACAGUGAUGCACUAUUUUCGUGUCUAUGAGCCAGAUUUAGUCCGAGAACGCCGACAGCGCCAUUUCAAACGCAAGCGCUUCUGGGCUGCUGGUGCUAAUGAUAUCUGGGCUGUAGACCAACAUGACAAGUGGAAGUACAAGUUCGGUCUUGCACUUCACACCGGCAUCGAUCCUUUCCUUGGUCUCAUUCAUUGGAUGAGGAUCUGGUGGAACAAUAACAAUCCUCGACUUAUUCUUAGUUACUAUCUUGAUGUGAUCGAGAAUCUUGGAGGGGGGGUACCCUCCGCACUUUUGGCCAUCCUCCGCACCAAAACCUCCGCAAAUGGGUGCCAAGCAUCCGCAACAAGCCCUGUAACCAGCUGCGGAUCCAUCCGCUCCUGGCUCUCCCCGUGA